GCCAAUGAGCGCAACAACACAGGCAGGCACCGGGCUGUCGUCGCCGCGCUGACCGCGGAGCGAAGUCCAUGGGCAACCCCGAUGAGGCGUCGGCGUCGUCGGCAAGCAGCCCCGCGACGGCGGCGGUGGGCGUCCCGGCUACCGACCCGCUCCAGCCCCUGCGGCCCGAAGUCUUUCACAUCUCCGGCACGCGGCUCUCGUCCGAGCCGGCCCCCGGGGAACGGGCCCUGCAGCUGCCGUCGACUCCACCGCACAAUGCCCAGAGGCAGGCUUCUCUCGAGAACGGCUCCGUGGCUACCGAGAGCUCGUUCGUCACCGACCGCACCAGCAGCGACUCUACCAGCGUGCAAGAGACGGCCCGGCCGCGCGAGGAAGCGACGGCGAGUGGCGGCAGCGGCACUAACGAUGCCGCGGGGGCCCCGGCCACCGCGGACGACGAAAGCCGGCGUGCCGCUCACGGACUCUGGUCGCACGACCUGUUCUCCGUGUUCGCAUCCUUCUUCAGCAUCUUCGGACUCUUCAACGUCACCAGGUUCUCAUUGCUGGUGUAUAUUUAUAAAGCGUGCUUCAUGCUUCAGUUCUUCGUGCUGUCGGCGGUGUUCGGCGUUCCCUUCCUGUACCUGCAGAUGUCUCUGGGCCAGUACUUGGGCAGCGGCAUCCUCGACAUGUGGUACAUAUCGCCCGCAUUCAAAGGAGUGGGCCUGGCCCUGAUGAUGGUCUACAUGGUGUGCGGCGUUUACCUGGCCAUACCAGUGUCGUGGAUUUUCUUUUACUUCCGCGACUCGUUUAUUAAAGCGAGGGACGCCUAUCGAUGGUCCAUCUGCCAGGCACGGUUCGCCUCCGCAGGGUGCUACAAGAACAAUUCAUCGUCUCCCGAGUUCUUGGGCUGGACCACUGCCUCAUAUUUCCAUGGCCGGGUGCUGGACCGAAGGGCGGUGCCGCAAGCGAGCGGUAUCGGAGACCUUAAGUUCGAGCUGGCCUUCAACCUGGGCAUCAUCUGGCUGCUUGUGUUCAUCGCCCUCAGUCGCGGACUCAAGUCCUUCGGCAAGAUCCUGGCCAUCCUGGGCAUUCUGUCCCUGUGCCUGCUGGUGUUCAUCACCAUCCGCAUGACCGAGCAGUGGGGCGGCGGCAUUACGGAGCUCUUCAAGGCCGACUGGAAGGGCGUCCUCUCGGACACAAACUCGUGGGUGGUGGCAGCCCGUGAAGUCUUCAUCACGUGGGGACUGUUCGGAGCCCUCGCGCUCCACGUGAACAGUCGCAACAAGUUUUCGAGCAACAUUACAAGGAACAUGAUCUGCGUUACUGUGCUCGUGUGCACUGUUCUCGUGCUGGUCGCAAUGCUGUUCGCCAGCGUGGCGCACCUUUUGCGCACGCACGGCAUGAUUCUAGUCAGCUCGUCGUUCGAAGAAGAGUCUACGGUGAGGUUCCUGCAGUCAGUGAACGGAUCGUGGCCUCCGCUGGACCAGUCGGUGCCGGUCAACCUGCUGGCCGGCGUGCUACUGCAGGGCCCGCGUAAGCAUAACCUGCUCAGCGGCUACCAGGUGGCACGCUUCGCCGUCGAGGUGUUUCCGGCAGCGCUGUCUGCCGAGGGAGGCCGGAGCAUCUCGCCCUUUUGGCCCAUCUGCUUCUUCGUCAUGCUUGCCUCGCUGGGCCUCGGACAACAGAUAUGCAUCUGGAAUUGCAUCGUAGACGCAGUGGUGUACAUCCGACCAAAGUUUUUCACAAAAUGGAAGACAAUAGUCACAUUCAUUACCUGCACAGUCGGGUUUCUUCUGGGGCUCUUUUUCGCCACCGAUGCAACAUUGCAUCUUAUGCUUUUCUUGGACGUGUGGCUGGGAUCGCUUUGGUGGAUCGUUGCUCUGUAUUUCAUCAUGCUCAUAGUCGUGUUAUUUAUACAAGGUAAACCCUUUGGAACUGACAAGCUAGUCAAAAUGAUAGUGCAAAAGGAAAGGUCCAAGUCUCUCUACCUGCCACUGCUGACUUUCCAUUGGAAUGUUCUUCUACCAAUAGCAUUUUUGAUGCUGUCCAUCGCGUUCAUGCGAUCGGGCCACUUGGCCAUGUUCUCGCCGGAGUCGCUGUCACUAUUCUACCACUACUGGUCACCCUGGGUUGGCUCAUUCUGCGUGCUCCUGCAAACACUGCCGCUUCUAGGCGUCGCUUUAGUGGCUGUCAUCGAAGGCCUCAAGAUUGUCGUCUUCAGCAAAAACCAGGUUCAAAUGCAUGAGCGUAUCGAGUCCUGGUGCUGCCCAACAUUCAUCACCAUAGCUCCAGCAACAGAGGCGCCGCCUGCCGCACCAGAGCCUUCACAGGGUGUUUCCAACGUAGCAUUCGAAGAAGACGUCCCUCCAAAAUACUCGCCACCCCCAUCUUACUCAACUGCCACGGCACGUAUGAUUCUCAAAGAGUUGCACAAGUGCCAACAGCAACCUACAUCAACGAGCGGCGGCCGCAGUUCACUGCUGGAUCGCGACAAGAUUCGGCUGAGUUUCUCAGACCUUCAGUUCAACCUGACAUCUCGAAGCCCACCACGGGAAGACUCGUCCGAUGCAUGAAGGAAAAGUGGCAGUGUUCUGAGCUCUUCGCUUAUACGUGGUGUGGACCAUCAUCAAUGAAAAAGAAAAGGCAUGCGAAAAUCGGUCGUUCGAAAUUGUGCGUGGAGCAGCGAUUGCCCGGACUUGUUGUCAAGUGUUGCUUGGACUACCUCUGACAGGGUGUGACUGAAUGUUGACGACCUGGUUGAUUUAGCACAAAUGCGUAGCACUGGGCACAUGGUGCAAAGUGGCCAGUACUGUGACCACACAGCUUGGAUGGACGGCUGCUGUGGUCCAGUUUAUUGAUCUCUUCUAGGCAAGCGUAUGCCUGAAAGCGCUGGGGGAGAAGUGAGGCAUGAGAUUUUUGUAUUAGACAAUGCAGGGUCAAAUGCAGUGACAAGCGGUUGGGGCCCUCUGACAAUAGCUUUAUUAACUCCGAGAUAAGACUCGGACCAACAGGAGGAGGCAAUGAGAGAAACAGUAGGGAACAGUGGUUUCACUUCACCCCAUCUUUAAAUGAUGCUUUCCAAACAAUCAUCCCAAGUACAUUACCUCUUCAGGUAGAGUUAGUGAGCUUAUGAUAAAGCAUUUUUGUAGAUGCUGCAGCACCUUUGGCGGUGUUUGUUUGUGGUGUUGUUUGUGUGGUUUACUUACAGUGCGCUACGCUGUUGUGAAAUGUUGGAUGAUUCUUGGGCUAUAAUUCAAACCAUGUAGUUGGAGAGUAUAAAAGUCUGCUACCAUAGUUUUUUUUCUUCUUUUCACGCUGCAAGCAAUUCUUUAUGACAGGGCAUUUUGAGCGAGCACAGCACAUGCCACUGAGGCAGAUUGUUAAAAAGCAAUGAAGAAGUGGCACAGUCAUUUCAUCUGGAGGUUUUGAAAACAAACGCCUUUUGUCACAUUCAUCAUGACUGAUGUAGUAGAUGCCGCAUAAGCAGCGCAGUGACAAGUCAGCAUCAUAAUUUGCAUUCAUCAUGACGAAGUGAACCAAUGUUCACCCAUAUUGUACUGCACACACACUGUAAUUGACACAUGUGAUGACAGGCCAGAAAGAAAAGCUCGUGACACAUCACUUAUUCACUUAUAAUAUCAUAAGCAAAGGCAGCAAAACAACAAUCAUUAUCAUGUCCCUCCAUCAAUCAUGAAAUCUUGUGGCCACCCAUAACUGUUGUGAACACCGCUAAUGGAGUCAGUUAUUCAGUGGUUGUGUUUUGCAGCUUAUUACAAGAGAUCUGCAUGAUAUAUGAGCAGAAGUGUUGAAGAAUGGGAGGUGAAAGUUGAGUAGCUAUAAUGGAAAGGAUUCUGUAGCUUGAGCCUGCUUCUCUUCUCUUUUAGUAUGUGGCUGACUUUCCCUGAUGAUAAUGAAGGUGGAGCACUGCCCGGGCCACUGGUGAAGAAUAGAAAGAAAAAGAACUGGAAUAUAAUAGUUACGUUAUUCUGGCCUUUCAUAACGUGCCGGAACACCUUCAAGGGACACAGAAGCUUGCUGUGUGCUGUGCACUGUUUGAUCGUUGUUGCUCUGAUCGUGCAGAGACCCUUGGAGGCGCCCGUGACAGACAGUUUUGCUUUUAAGCAUGUUGUGUGUUGCUGUAACUGUUUUGCACGGCCGUGAGCUAUUCUUACUGAUAAUUGCUCGUUACACUGGUGCAGUCCCUUCGGCAACGAUUGAGAAGAAUAAUCUUGUGGGGUUACCUAGGGGCCUUAUUCUGAGUUGGAAAUAUCGCCAUGAUAUCGCUUUCAGUGCACACUGAAAGGUGGGGAAGUAGUUUCAAUCAUUGAAUACGCGAGAUUCCACAUCGCACAAAUUGACACUGUCGCCAAAAGUUGUCACCUUAGAAUACGGGUCCAGAACUCAUAAUUGUGGUCCGUGUGUAACCCUACUCUUCCACCCACUUGGUGCAGUUAGGGAAACACCACUGACUGUCAAUCUGUGAUUGCACAAACUGACUUUUUUGCACGAGAAGUGAUCCUGCAAAGGCGAUGUAGUGAAAGUUACGUGGAUUCUUUGGAAAGCGACAACACACAGAAAAACUCCAGGGGCAUACAGGAAGGUUCAGGUCAUGUUUGGCAGUCUAGGUGAAUUGGUAGGGCUGAACACUAGGAAAUAAGACAAUGAAUGUGGAGCUUUGAGCAUGUCUGUUCGUUUUCCACCACUUUGACUACAUGCGUCCUUUCUCAGUGGGUUUGUGCUUCAUGUCAGGUCAGCAGGCAGGUGCCCUUUGCAUCCAGAAAAAGGCUAACUGUAGCAUUCAUAAAGCACACAAUUGUGAUAAUGCACAGCUUUGACAGUGGGUUUUCGACAGUAUAAAACGUGGGCUUUCUUCCACCUCCUUUUGCACACAAUCAACUUGGCACCAUUUUCAACAUGGGACUCGCAGCACUUUUUUCAAAGACUUUUGUACUUCGUGACAGUAAAGAAGGCUCUUCAUUGGUAAACGUUUCCUGUAAGGUAGUUGUUGCACACCUAAAUGCUGCAUAUAUAAUACAGAAGGCAGCUUUUAAGACAAAUUCAGGUUCACUUCUAUGUAAGCUGGGCAGUUUAGGGGUAUCUGUUGGUUUCCCCAUAUGCAAUUUCCAGAGACCCCCAGUGUUUGUCUCUAUGGGAGCUUACCAUGUAGCUGGAGUGAAUUAUACAUGUACAUCUGCUUGCCUGUUUUGUUCAUUUCUGCCAUGCACUGCAUGCAGCUUGUUAUCACUCUCUACUUUAACGGCUAGGUAGCCACAAUGUUUGAAAGUGUGCGUGUAUGCGUGUUUACCUGUAUACAACAGCCUUACUCCUUGCCUAUAGAGGAGGAUGUGAUAUUUGAAGUGCGAACAGGACUAGCGUUAGAAGCAUGCAUUGAGGGGCCCACCGUGCUCGAGGACCAGUUGUACUUCUGCAAGUUCCUGCUUAAGCUGUUUAAGACCUUGCGUUGCACCGCAACCUCCACCUUUUCAGUGCACUCUAGAUUAAAUGGCAUCAUUUGAGAGGACAAAAGAAUAUAGUUACAGUUUCAUGCGACUUGUAUGCACGGCACACGUGCCGGCGAUGACAUAUCCGAUUAUCCUGGCUGCUACCGCUUCUGGAGCUUUGUCUGCUGUCACCAAAGCAGUUGAGCAUCUGUAUAACUUGCAGGUUUCAUUGCAUUGCUUAGCUCUCAUCAAUAAUUGUGUAAGAGUUGGGUGCAGAAAUGCUUCGAUGCAAUAUUGAACUGGAUAGUUUGUUAAACUAGUUCAUGCACAUCUGGCUGGCACCUUCAAUAUGGAAUCGAAUUAAAAGCUGUUGUGCCGAGGCACAACAGCUUUUAAAAAAGAAAACGAAACUACACUAUUAUUUUAAAAAGGAAGAAUGGAAAAAAAAUCUUUCUCCAGCAGCUUUUUAACGUCUCUGCUGUGCUGUUCAGAAAUGAGUACAAAAUGGAUGUGCUACACUCGGCUUUUCUACUGCCAUAUACUGCUUCGCCUUCAAUCCAAGCACCAAUUUUUACCUGCACAGUUCAGGGUUGUUCCAAAUGAUCCUUUACAUGCACAAGUUCUAUGCACACACGACCACUUUUGCAAGCACCUGAUGCUUCUCCCAACCUGGAUGCUCUUUAGCUUCAAUGCCAUGGGCACGGCAUCAAAAUUGUUGCCAAUAUUUAUCCAUUUCCAACGCUUUUUCUCUCAGGGCAGAAUGUGUUGAACAAAUUUAGUUUUCUUUGCACAAUCAUUUGUGUCAAGAAAGAGCAGCUUGUUUGUAGAACGUCGCUCUAAAUAUGUGUAUAAAAAACAUUAGGUUUUUCUUUAUGCUGCCUGAAGUUCGGCAGUGUGUGUUUGCCUUUGUCAAUUUGAGUUAUAUUUAGCAUGUUGCAAAUUGUUUAUAUUCUGGGUGCUACAUAUAAUGCUAGAAGCAUCUGAAAGCUUUCAUUUUUGAGUGUGAUUGUAAAUAUGUGUACAUACACUGAAGAAAAGACUUUAAAACAAUGAAGCAUGAGAAAAUGUGUUUGAAGUUGCACUUGAUUUAGUACUUGCAUUGACAAUGUCGCUGCAAAACGUAGGAAAAGAACAAAGUGCAGUUUGCUGUGAACAAUGCUAACUUAUCCAUGGUGUAGCAGCACAUGUAUUGACUUAUUUUCCAGUCGUAUGGGGCAUGCACUACAAAUUUAGCUGCUGGAGUCUACAUGCUGCUUUGUUGGUUGUGAAGUGAGAGAUGCAGCCGUGAGUUCUCUGAUGUGUAAAUAAAGACUUACAAAUUUUAAAUAUUUGCCAUGGGUGAGAACAUUCAUUGCAAUGUAUUGUGUGUAAAGUGAAUAAAACCUAAUGCGGAGUGAAAUACUGU